GUGCAAGCAGAAGCAUUUUCAAAGGAGCACGCACAACAAAAUUAAUUCAAUCGCCCCACCACGAUCGCUUUCACCAUGGGCACAGCAAUGUUCGCGCGGGUGACGUUCUAUCCAACCUUAUUAUACAAUGUGGUGAUGGAAAGGAUGACCAGCCGGCGCUGGUAUGAUCGGAUGGAUGACACGGUGAUCCUUGGUGCCCUGCCUUUCCAGGGGAUGACGAAACAGCUGAAGGAGAAUGAAAACUUAAAAGCUGUAGUGUCCAUGAAUGAGACAUAUGAAUUAAAGCUAUUUUCAAAUGACGCUGAGAAAUGGCGCGAGAACGGCGUAGAAUUCUUACAGCUAGCGACCACAGACAUAUUCGAGACACCGGACCAAGACAAGCUGUACGAAGGAGUUAGGUUCAUUAAUAGGUUUCUGCCCCUCAACAGUAAAAUAAAGAGGAUAACAAGUGAAAACCCAGUGAAUAGUGGCACUGUGUACGUGCACUGCAAGGCCGGACGGACCCGCAGCGCGACACUAGUGGGGUGCUACCUUAUGAUGAAAAACGGCUGGUCCCCAGCAGAGGCGGUAGAGCACAUGCGUACUCGACGGCCGCACAUACUACUACACACGAAACAGUGGGAGGCGCUGCAGAUAUUCCAUAAGAACCACGUGCAGGCGUAGCUAAUAGCGACAUAGACAACAAAUACAUAAAUCAGGAUCGAAUAUCUACAUUAGCCGGGUCCACAGGUCCACACUGGCCGCACGCCUCGCGAGGCAAAACGUCCGUGCUCAUGUGCGCACGUUUGCCUCGCCCGAGCAAAUUUGCUCGAAAAGAUGGCGGCCCUUGGCCAGCUGUUCGAAAUAGUAUGUCGAUAUUCUCUAUCUCUGCAUAUUUCUUUGGAGUACGUAAGGUUACAGGCAGUAGGUUUAGAUAGGAAAUGUUUUUAAUUAAAUCAAUUAUUCAUCUAACAACCAUACCACAUCAUAACCAGACAUAGACAUGUAAGUCUUUUCUAUUCUCCGUGCGGAAAGCGUCAGCACUCCGCGUUAAACGAAGUUGCCGCUUUCCUGCUCCUGAAAAAUCGCUAAGUGGUCGUUUUGAAUCUGGACCUUAUUUUUUAUUUUUGCAUAUUUUGUAAAGUAAUUAUAAUAUGUAGUAUUUUUUCUACCUCCAAAUAUGUAAAAAUAAGCUCAUAUCUGUUAUUUUGUGAAGUACAUGUAAAAUAAAAUAUAAAUUUAUAUAUUUACCAUUAUGACUUGUGUGGCUACUAGAACUAAAUAAAUAGAUGAAUUAUUUAUGUUUAUGUGUAGUAUUAAAUGAUUUGAAGCUAUUUUCAUUCAAGAGCCAUAGCUUAUUUUUUAAUCAAUGACAAAAGAACAAUGCAUAACAUGUGCUCAAAUUAUUUUUGUAAAUAUAGUCACUGCUAUUUUAAGAUUUAAAUUAAAUAGUUACCUGUGGUA